UCUGCCUUUUUAUCUCCCUCUCUCUCACCAGUUCUCGCACACUCUCUGUCUAUAAUCCCAAGCAGCAGCUUCUAUUUAAACCAAAGAAACCAAUAACAUUUUCACUCAACUCUCUUCUCAAUCACUUCCCAUGUUAACUGUAUAAACAACACAUUCCAUAUUCAAACACCAUGAACAGACUCCAUUUUCUUUUCUCUUUUCUUCUUCUCUUUUCAUCGUCAUUUCUUUAUGUAAAUGGAGAGAAGAACCCAUUUACAGCAAAAGCUUCGUUGAUUCGUUAUUGGAAUCUAAAGAUUUCCAAUAAUCUACCAAAACCCACUUUUCUAAUCUCAAAAGCAUCACCGUUGAAUGCUGUAGAUUCAUCAUUUUAUACCAAACUAGCUGAUCAAAACUCAUUAUCACCUCACUUGCCAUCUUUCUGUUCAUCAGCGAAUUUGAUGUGUAUGACCGAUUUAACCCCGAGUUUAUCAAAGCACAGUGACGAUGUUUCCUUCACUAAAUACUCUGAGAGAAACUUCACCAAUUACGGUACAAAUCGACUCGGUGGUGUCGACUCGUUCAAGAACUACUCGGAUGAUCAAAACCUGGCAGCUGACUCGUUCAGAAGAUACAGUCGUGACUCAGUUGGUCAUUCAGACAAAUUCUCGAAUUACCAACCUGAUGGAAAUGUUGCUGAUACUAGUUUCAAUAGUUACGCAACUAAAGCCACUGGUGGUUCUGGCGACUUCAACAAUUACAACCCCAAUAAAAACGUACCCAAUCUUAAAUUCACCAGUUACGCCGAUGAGGGAAACGGUCGAGUUCAGGAAUUUACGCAUUAUACAGAUAACGUUAAUGCUGGAGAUGAGAAAUUUACUAGUUAUGGUAAAAAUGGUAAUGCAGUUACCAGUGGGUUUUCGAGUUAUGGUAAAAGCUCCAAUGUAAUGGGUUCUACUUUUCAGAAUUAUGGUGAGUCAGGUAAUGCUGCCAAUGAUUCAUUUACUUCUUAUGCUUUCGAUACAAAUAACCCACAGAAUAAUUUCAACAACUAUGGUGCUGAGGGAAAUGCUGCUACUGAGAAAUUCACUAGUUACAGAGAUCAAGCAAAUGUAGGUGAUGAUUCUUUUACAUCUUAUGCUAAGAAAUCUAAUUCUGCAAAAGUCGACUUUAUAAAUUAUGGGAAAUCUUUCAACGAAGGUAGUGAUAAGUUCUCUGGGUAUGGCCAAAAAGCAAGUAAUCAGCAGAUUGGGUUUGCGAUUUAUGGUAUUAACAAUUCUUUUACUGAUUAUAAAGAUAAAAAAAGUAUUUCUUUUGCUCAAUAUACUAAGAGAACUUCUUCUGGGAUUAUUACUAGCUCAUUGAUGGAUGGUCAUGGUCAUGGUCACAGUGGCAGUACCGUAAAUAGAUGGGUUGAACCAGGUAAAUUCUUCAGAGAGUCGAAUUUGAAGAGUGGAAAUGUUAUGCCAAUGCCUGAUAUCAGAGAUAAGAUGCCCAAAAGAUCAUUUUUGCCCCGGUCAAUUUCAUCCAAAUUGCCGUUUUCAUCUUCGAAAAUUUCGGAACUGAAGUCCAUUUUCCAUGCUGAUGAGAAUUCAACAAUGGAAGGGAUUUUGAAAAAUACGGUGGGUGAAUGUGAGAGAGUUCCAAGUGAAGGUGAAACGAAAAAAUGUGUUGGUUCGAUUGAAGACAUGAUAGAUUUUGCAACAUCAGUGUUGGGUCAAAAUGUUGUUGUGAGAAGUACCGAGUCAGUAAAAGGGUCAAAACAAGAUAUUAUGAUUGGUCAAGUCAAAGGAAUCAAUGGUGGUCAAGUGACGAAAUCUGUUUCUUGUCAUCAGAGUUUAUAUCCUUAUUUGGUUUAUUACUGUCAUUCUGUUCCUAAAGUCAGGGUUUACGAAGCUGAGAUUUUGGAUGCAAAGACUAAAGAGAAGAUCAACAAAGGUACUGCUAUUUGUCAUGUGGAUACAUCUUCUUGGAGUCCAACGCAUGGAGCAUUUUUGGCUUUAGGAUCACAGCCAGGAAAGAUUGAAGUUUGUCAUUGGAUCUUUGAGAAUGAUAUGACUUGGGCUAGAGCCGAUUAAGUGCUUCUUCAAAAAUGCCACUCACAUUGUGUCCGUAGGUUGUAUGCUAGCUGGUUUUCACUCCUCUGCUACUAGUAUGGCAUUAUAUAAAAGUGAUGUUUUUCUUAGCCAAGGCAUGUCUAUGUUUUCCAAGUGUUUUAGGUUUAAUGUGGGGAAUGAAAUUGUUCCAAUAUCACUUUCUAAUAUAUAUUAAAAUUAGUGUUAUAUCACUUCCUA